AGAAACUGAUACAGCACCGGUAAAAUUUUAAGUAGAAUAUUGACAGUCUGUCAGAAAGGUUAUAUAAAAAAGCGUCAAAAUAGGUUAAAAAAAGGGAAAUUCACAAAUUUUUAAUAAAAGACCUAAUUGUAUUAUUACAAUUUCUGUAAUAUAUGUUUAGCUAUAUUUCGUAACCAGUGUUCUAUUUGAUAAUGGAUAAUAUAGUUCCAUCUCGAUUUUCUUGCUUAAAAAUUGAAGAUGAUGAUUUCAUACCGGCACAAAGCAAACCUAAUAAGAAAAAAGUUGUCAACAAGAAAUCGGCUCCAGUAAAUACUAAUAAGCUUUCCUCAAAACAGCAACCUUCAAAUUCAUCAUCUAAAAAAUCCAAGGCAAAAGUGAAAAAUGAAGGUAAACAAUGGGAAGAAUGGAAGAAAAAAGACACCGAAUAUAUCGAUGAAAAUUUUGAGCAAGACCUUCAGAGUGCAAUAUUGCAAUCAAAAUUGGAUUAUGAAAAUCGAAAGAAAAACGAACCUCCAGAUACUCAAGGAAACGAUAAAAACUCGAAGAAAAAGAAACCAAAAACGAUGACAUUGGACCAAUUUUUAGAAGGUGAUAAACCGGUAGCAAAGAAAGAAAAAGUAAAUCAGCUGACCAAAAACGAUCAGGAUUUCUUUGAAUCAGUAUUACAUUCAGCCAAAGAAGAAGCCAGAAAGGAAAAAGUAGAAGCCAAAAGGAAGGAACGGUCAAAUAAUAUCGAGGAGAUUAUUUCACUGGCACAAUGUCAGGAAAAACUUCAAAAGGAAAUAGAUAAAAAUGAGGUAUUAAAAAAAGAUCUGGAACAAGCCAGGAAAGAUAUCACUAUUGUGAAAGAAAGGAACAAAAUUUUGUAUAAUAUGUUAAGCCAAGGGGAGAUGAAAGACAAAGCGACAGUCUUGUUAGAAUUGGAAAAGUUGACUACAGUCAAGGAAGAACUUACAGAAGAAGUUGGAAGGCUGCAUAAGCUCUUAGAACAAGAAAGGUCCAAGGCUAAUUUGACAAUCUCAAAUUUGAGCGGAUCUGCAUCGGAAUCUCAUGCCAAACAAAAGAAAAAAAAGAAGACUUAGUAAUUGUUUUGGCAUUCGAACAGAUUUCUGCUUUUUUUUGACUUGGUUUUUAUGCAUGGACGUUUCUGUUUUUAUUUUUAGAGUUGAUACAAAUAUUGUUUUGUCCUUUUCGUUCAUAUUUCAGAAUAAGAAGUGAAGUUUCCACAACUAUUACGUGAUAUUAUUUUUUAUGUUUGUAUUUUCAUAAUGUUUUAAUUUUAAAACUCGACUAAAUAAACUGAUUGUAAGUAAU